AUGGCUAGCGGUGGUGGUGGUGGAGACCUGGGUCUUCAAGGUAUACAGGAAGCCAAUGGCACAUCAUCAGGAUCAGGCUCAGGAUCAGGUUCGGUCUCAUGGAAUCCUCAUCCCACAACAUCACAAGGAGGAGGGAAUCGCAGCACGCCAAUUACACCUCAAAAAACGAGGAGCCACCGGUCUGGGUCUGCUGCGAGCAAGGUAACCACUCCUAAGAAUCCCCCGCUAUCUCGACAAGAAACACCCACAAAGUCGACGGCUAGUUCUGGAUCUUAUAAUGUGGGUUUAGUUGCUGGUACAGGUGGUUAUAGGCUAGAACCAAGGCCAUACCCAGUAUGGGCAGCCAUGAGUAUGAUAAGCAAAGACGAUAAAACCAAUGAGUCUGACCCACCAACAGCUCGAAGUUCUUCCGGUACAUCAAAACAGGCAUAUGGACUAGGAAUAAAUAGAGGAGCUUUAGAUAGGCCAGUAUUCCGUUAUCCAAAACUGCGUUCGGAAACCAAAGACAAAGAUCCCGUCCAGUUAGUCCAUGCCGACGAUAUAAAGCAGCAACGGAACAUUUCCAGCUCGUCAGUCAACAAUAAUGAGAAAGAUGAACCUAACGAUUUUUCACAACCUAAUGCCAAGUCAACCAACCAACAAGAACAGGCGGUUUCUGAUACGAUUCCGGGAACCGGGGGUCCCGCCUUUUUCGACUAUUCACCGAGCGCUCCAGACCCAAAUGCCGAUACUGAGCUGAAUGAGAAGUCAAAAAUGGAUGUGAGCCCAGGACAAGCAUUCGAUGAUAGAGACUUUUCUGAAGCACAGCCUGUUCCAUACCGACGACAGAGCAUAUCUUAUUCCGAACGUGACGAUUAUAAGUUUCCAGCACGAGCAACGCCAUCUUUUGUGAUACCAAAUAACAUCUCAGACAAUAUGACUAGAGGCACUAGCAAGUGGCAGGAACUACUGGCAAUGACAGCCCGGCACGAAUUUUAUGAAUCACAAGGCAUCAUAGAUGAAGUGGCUCUUAAUAGACAAGGAGACCUUGAUAGAUUGUGGAAGGCACAUGUUGAAGAAGAACGACAGUUACGGCUAGAGAAACUACGAAGAAAUAGAAUAUCACGAUUGGGUCGUUUAAGGCAUUUUUUCCGCAAGCAGAGGGAACCGGAUUCGACACAUCCCGGUAAUUCUGGAAGGGACACCGAGCCAUUGCACAUUUCCUCCGCACGAUAUCUUGUUUCCCAUGAGUCUCGUCAAAAGUAUAAACCAAGAUUGAGGAAAAUAUUCCUCAAUAAUCCAUUUAUCCCUUUGACGUUACGUGCAACGAUAUUUAUUCUAUCUAUUAUAGCCCUGGCAGUCUCGAGCUCCAUUUACAAACGGUCACACGAUGCAAAACCAAAUAGGAUCAAUCAACAGCCCUCGACCAUUAUGGCCAUAGUUGUCCAAUCCACAGCUCUAGUGUAUCUGGUAUACAUUACCUAUGAUGAAUAUUCCGGUAAACCCUUGGGUUUAAGGGACGCACGAGCCAAGAUGAGACUAAUUAUGCUGGAUUUGCUAUUCAUUAUAUUUUCGGCGGCAAAUCUAUCACUGACAUUCAAUACUUUGUAUGACAGGACGUGGGUCUGUCAGGACUUUUCCUUCUCCUCAUCCUCUGUCACUAUAUUUCUCCCUUAUAUUUCCAAGAUCUGUGAUCUUCAGAAAGUUCUUGCUUCGUUUCUGUUUAUGGUUCUGGUCAUGUGGAUUCUUACUUUCACAGUUAGCAUAUUUAGGCUCGUAGAACGAGUCGCUCAGUAA